AUGGAGCCAGGAAAUCAAACUUUUGGGACAGAUUUUAUACUUCUUGGUCUUUUCCAAUAUGGUCCAAUGAACUCUUUUCUUUUUGUUGCCAUUGCAAUGGCAUUUUCAGUGGCUCUAAUGGGGAACAUCAUACUGAUUCUUCUCAUUCGAUUGGACAGCAGACUCCACAGUCCAAUGUACUUUCUACUCAGUCAGCUAUCUUUCAUUGACAUGAUGUACAUAUCCACCACUGUGCCCAAGAUGGCAAUUAACUUUCUGUCCAGUAGUAAGACCAUUACUUUUUUAGGCUGUGAGAGUCAAACGUUUGUAUUCUUGGCCCUUGGUGGAACUGAAGCUCUUCUUCUUGGUUUCAUGUCGUAUGAUCGCUAUGUAGCCAUCUGUCAUCCUUUGCAUUACCCUGUACUCAUGAGCAAGAAGAUCUGUUGGUUCAUGGUCACAUGUGGGUGGACCAGUUGUUCUAUCAACUCUUUAAUACAUACAGUGUAUGUAUUUCAACUUCCUUUCUGUAGAUCUCGACUUGUUAAUCACUUUUUCUGUGAAGUUCCAUCCCUUUUGCCAUUGGUGUGUCAGGACACUUCUCAGUAUGAAUACACAAUACUCCUGAGUGGCCUUAUUAUUCUGUUGUUGCCAUUCAUGGCCAUUCUAGCUUCCUAUGCCUGUGUGCUUACUGUGGUGUUCCAAAUGAGUUCAGAAAAAGGACGGACAAAAGCUAUCUCUACUUGUUCCUCACAUCUGAUUGUGGCAAGCCUAUUCUAUAUGACCACUCUCUCCACCUAUACAAGGCCACAUUCCUUACAUUCCCCUGAAGAGGAUAAGAUCGUAGCUGUGUUUUAUACCAUUAUCACACCUCUUCUGAAUCCCUUUAUCUACAGCCUGAGGAAUAAAGAAGUCAUGGGGGCCUUGAGGAGAUUAUUUGUACAGAAAGUUUGA